AUGUUAGGCCCUGGAUAUGAAGGAGCCACAGACACGCACAGAGAGAGCCGCAAAGUUCUGACGACAACAGACAAAGAAUGUAAAUUCCCAUUUCGUCAGGGUGGCAGGCUUCACCAUCACUGCAUCACGGUCCUGUCGUCACAACCAUGGUGCUCUCUCACUCAUAAUUUUGAUCGGGACCGAAAGUGGGGCUACUGUGCACCAGAGAAAAGUCAACCAAAUGUUUCUGACCACACACCUCGCAGAAUUACAGACCCUUGUCAAGUGAAUCCGUGUCAGAAUGGAGGUGUCUGCAAGUUGAUUCCACACAUGCGCACAUUUGAGUGCUCGUGUCCUGAUGGCUUCUCUGGAAGACUGUGUGAUCAAAAGAGGUGCUAUGAAACCGCACACCUGCGCUAUUAUGACAUUGGAGAAUCUUGGGGACGAAUUCAUCUCCGCAAUGUGGAACAGUGCACAUGUGUGGCAGGGGAAAUCAAGUGUGAAAGAGUCCGAUACACAAUGUGUCGUAAAAACCCUUGUUUCAAUGAUGGAGUGUGUCGACUAAUCACAUCCACCAACAAGGAGGUGUGUAACUGCAGGCAUGGCUUUGGCGGCUCAGACUGUAGUGUUGAGCCAGAGGCAGAGUGCUAUAACGGCAGGGGGAAGGGUUACAGAGGACUGGGGAACACCACGGUGUCUGGCACCCGGUGUCUGUCGUGGAACUCGGACCUGCUUCAUGAUGAGCUCCAUGUUGGCACGGUGGUUGCAUCGCCCCUCAGGGGACUUGGCGAGCAUGCUUACUGCAGAAACCCAGAUGGGGACAAGAUGCCGUGGUGCUACACACUCGCUGACGAUGCCAUCUCCUGGGAAUACUGUGACAUCCCCUCCUGUGUGAUGCCUGUGUCUUCUUCUCGAAGGAUUAUCCCCUUUAAAAAGCCUAACGCUACCAAGAAGCCUGUGUGUGGAAAAAAGCACAAAAAGAGGUUGUCGAUAGCAAGGGGGCGGAUAUUGGGUGGAACUUCAUCGUUGCCGGGUACUCACCCCUGGAUGGCAGCGAUUUACAUUGGAAAAUCUGACUUCUGUGCUGGUACACUGAUAUCCUCGUGUUGGGUCAUCUCUGCGGCGCACUGCUUCUUCCGCAACCCACUGAAGUCUCAGCUUCGCGUGGUUCUCGGCCAGCAGAGGUUCAACGUAACCGGUCUCAAUACCAGGACGUUUGAAGUGGAACAAUACAUCUUUCCGAAAGAGUUCUCUGUGUUUAAUCCCACUCUACAUGACAUUGUUCUGAUCAAACUGAAGAAGCAGGAGGGGCGGUGUGUGAGGAGAACACCGUUCAUCCAGCCAAUCUGUCUCCCAGACAAAAGCACAACAUUUCCUGAUCACUACUGCUGCACUAUUAGUGGCUGGGGACACAUGUAUGAGAAGGCAAAGGGGUAUUCCAGUCUACAAGAGGCUGGAGUGAGACUCACUCCUCAUGAAGUUUGUAGGAAACCUGAAGUGUACGGCAACCACGUCUCUGCUGACAUGAUCUGUGCGGGGCUCGGCGGCUGUGUAGACGCAUGUCAGGGAGACUCUGGGGGCCCUCUGUCUUGUGCGAGGGAUGAUGUCAGUUUCCUGUAUGGGAUCAUCAGCUGGGGAGAAGGCUGCGGUCGCUCUGAAAAACCUGGUGUUUACACUAAAGUGGUAAACUAUAUCGACUGGAUCAAUUCCGUGAUCAGACGUAAACCUAGAACCUCAUGAAUGGAGAUUAUACCUGGACACUGGCUUUAGUAGAAUUUAAUGUAUUGAGUUUUGUUAUUGUUUAUGCAGGUUUUAUAGGGUAUUUAACUGUGAAAAUAUUGACUGAAUAAAAUUUUACUGACUUGA